GUAGCCAACUAGCGUGUGUUUAGUCACUGAGCUGGUUAGGCUACUGACUUUGAGGAGUGGAAAGUGUUGUCCUUCCUGUUCAUGUUAUAGUGCUGGAGAGAGCAGGACUGGAGAGAUUCAACAUAGAAUAUAAUAUGAACGCCCACACACAACGUCCGGCGGAAAGGUGAAAGCCUCCCCUCCUCAGAGGACAGCCAAGCGCCAGGCAAGAACCCAGUUGAACCUUACCACUUUUGUUGCAGGGACUCAUGGGUAAUUUCGCUGGAAAGGAUGGCUUUGGCCCCUCAGGAUCGCACUUUGAUUUCUUCCAGACCCCGCCCUCCUCCCCCAGUGCGCCGGACCUCCCUGGGAUGUCCCGGCCGUCCCUCUCCUUCUCCGCUCCGCCGUCGCCCACGGUGACCGCAUCCGGGGUUGCCACGGCGACAGCCUCCCUGAGCCAGGCGGAGGACGCCCUGCUGGCGGAAGAAGCCGCUGCCGCCGAUGUCGCCAUGUUGGAGCCGUCCGCGGACUGGGCCUGCGCUUCUUCCCGGACGGAGGUCGGUUCACUUCCCCUCGUCUGGCCGGACGGGAGGAGUCCGUUAGGGGCCGCAUCCAGGAGCGGCAUCGGCGAGCCUCCGGAGAGAGUGGUCACCGGUGCCAUGGCAAUGGGUGGGCUCAUGGAAGGCAUGGUGACAGAGGGUGUUGCCAUGGCACUCCUGCAGCUGCUGGAGCAGCACCGGGCAGCGCUGGGCAUCUGUACCGGGCAGGACGGAGUGGCCGAGGUCUUAGGUGUUCUAAAGAGACUGGUGGUGGAGAGGGCAGAGUUCAUAGAGGAGGUUCAGAGCCUCAAGAGGACUCUAGAGGUCAGAGUCCGAGAGGAGUGA